AUGACGCAGGAUGCACUAAUUCGUGAGGCACUCGAGAUGGAAGAAGAAAAUACACGGAGCCUUCUGCACUAUUUGGAGCAGGAAGAAGAGCGUAAGACUCGCCAGCGUCAAGCCGGCAAAAAGGAGUUGCAAGGUCCAUUCUUGCGCUGGAUUAGCGUCGGGCUACUACAAAACAAGUUCGUGUCUCAGGUGGAAGGUACACACGGGCAGGCAUCGUCAAAAGGUCAGGAGGUACGAAAAGAAAAAGCAAAGCAAGGCGAAUCUAAGCCUGGUCAGGACGCACCUCCGCCUCUGUCGGACGAACAAUCCCAAGACACGCCUUCGAGUCAUCCAUCACACGAAUUAGACAAGAAGCAUUUCGAGCAACAAGGCAUCCUUCCUGUUCAGACACGUUCGAAUGAAUCCUCUACCCCAACUACUGUACAUUCUAAUCCACCACCUGACACUCUGACGCUGCAAGAUUCGGGCUCAGCCACUCGGUCUGAUGUUGGUCUCGCUGCGGACCCACACCCCUCUCCCCAUAGCAUUGAAGUGCCGACGGAGGGGAACGCUGAAGCAUGCCAAGCCAUCCAGAGUCAACAUGCCCCUGAUCCUAAUCUCAAGCCUUCAACUUCUUCCUCAGUGCAUUCAGACCAAACUCAUCCAUUUAUUCAUACCCCGCCAACUCGGCAGUGCACCACGCCGCCGGUCUCUGUUACAACUCAGAGGGAGCCCAACGAUACCCAGGAUUCGCUUUCCACAUCAACGCAUGCAGGGACGCCCUCACAGACGCUGGCAGAUCCGGCGGCCAAUGCCUCUUCCUCAGCACAGUCUCAUGGUGACGCACUUUCUCACAAUAAUGAGGCUUUGGUAAAUCAGGACACUCCCGUGGACAAUAGCCGUGCCACGCGUCCCGUCGCAGAUGAGAUCACCGCGCGCACGCUCAUAUCUCUGCAUGGUCUAGAGCCGGAUGCCACAUGGGUCGACGAGUUUCGGUACCUGCUGGGCGACCAUUGCGCAUGGGACAGGAUACCAUUUGUGCCGUCUCGGAACCGCCCUUUCCGACCUCGACAAAGCACGUGUGUCAUCACAGGGCUCCCUGCUCGUUAUCGCGACCCGCGCACAGGUAUACCCUAUGCAACAACAGAGGCAUUCGCGAUGCUCCGACGCAUACUGGCCGGUGAGUUUUUAUGGACAGGAUCACCCCAAAGCGGGGUGGCCUUAUCGGCCGGCUGUUAUGCGGCUGCGCAUGGCGAUGGUGGUGCGGGUGGCGUGUUCUUAGACAUGUAG